GCAAAAUCGGGAAGCCGCUUUAUUUCGAGGUGUCACGUGACUCGAGAGGUGUUCCUGGUAAAGUGAUUGGAAUAUUUUGAUGUGUUGAUGAUGUUAUAAUUAGGUGUUGGUGGGUUCCUAAGAUUCCAAUCACAGAAUGAAGUAAAAAGCAGCCAUGACAGAUUUAAAUGAAUAUGAACUGCUCAAGAGGGCCGAGAAGGAAAGGGCAGAGAUUGUGGCCAAGUAUGACAAGGGUCGUGAGGAAGGUGCAGAUAUCGACCCUUGGGAAGAUCCAGCCUUUGAAGUGUACCAUGUAACAGAUAGAUAUGGAUUUAUUCAUGAUCAAAGGCUGCCAAGGAAGAGAGAUGCUGUGGAACAAAAGGUUCUUCAGCAAGAGCUGGAAAGGACCCCCAAAUGGCUGAAAAUGAUAGGAAAAUAUAGGAAAUACCUGGGAACAGAAAAGUUUGUGCGGAGGAUUUAUAAAGGAAUCCCACAAAAGCUGAGGGGAGAAAUGUGGUGUAGGCUGCUGAAUGUACAUGCCCUGAAGAAAGAACAACCAGGAGUCUAUGAGAAAAUGAAGGAAAGGGCUCGAAAAAGGUCUCCAGAUAUCCGCCAGAUAGAUUUGGAUGUAAACAGAACUUACAGGAACCAUAUCAUGUUCAGGGAGCGCUAUGGAGUAAAGCAACAGGCUUUAUUCCAUGUGUUAGCUGCAUACUCCACUUACAACACUGAAGUCGGAUACUGCCAGGGGAUGAGCCAAAUAGCUGCACUUUUACUGAUGUACUUAAAUGAAGAGGAUGCCUUUUGGGGUCUUUCAGCUCUGUUAACUGAUAGAAAACAUGGCAUGCAUGGUAUUUUUAUUCCUGGUUUUCCGAAGUUGAAAAGAUUCCAAGAUCAUCAUGACAAGAUAUUGUCAAAAUAUCUUCCAAAGGUCAAGAAACAUCUGGACCGGAAUGAUCUCUAUGUCUCUCUCUACACCAUCAAGUGGUAUAUGCAGUGCUUCCUUGACAGAGUUCCUUUUACACUAGUGCUGCGUUUGUGGGAUGCAUACAUCUUUGAUGGAGAACGGGUUCUUGUAGCCAUGUCAUACUGUUUGCUGAAGAUCCACAAAAGAAGAAUCUUAAAGAUGAAGAUGGAGGACUUAGUGCAAUUCUUUCAAGGAAGUUUAGAGAAAGAAUUUGGCUUUGAUGAUGACAUUGUGAUGGAAAAUUUGCAAAUAUGUAUGGAGGAAUUGAGAAGAGCCAACAUGGACCUUCCGCCCAAACCUAAAGACAAUUCUGAGCUUCCAAAACUACCGUUUGGGCUGGACAUCAAACCCAGUGUGGACCAAAUCAUAGGCAGACGUGACUCUCAGGACCACAGAGCAGACGUCAUCACCAAUGCAGACAGGAAACUGGAGGGAAGUGUCAGAAUGAAGAGAUUUCAGAAACACAAACUGGCAGCUGCUAGCCGAGAGAGCUCGGUUCCCCCUGAUGACGACACACGCUCAGAUUACACCAUGACAGCAUCACGCGCCUCGCUGGCAGAGGGCUUCACGUCUAGGGCCUCCAUGGCAAACACUUCACGCACAUCGUAUUAUGAUGGUUCUGACAUCGAUUGGGAGAGUCAAGAUCACGAUGACACUUUCACUGAUUACUCACCAAACCAACCCAAUGGGGACAUUGGGUUUAUUUCGGGAGAGGGGUCAGGGCAGGAUGGACAGAGGUCACAGUCACGAAGUCCAGAGGACCAGUCCUUUCAGACUGCACUUACGGUCCAAGUGGUCAAGCAGCAUAGUCAUGUUGUCCAGCAGGUUGACCCUGUAUCUUCUCAUUCAUCUCACAGUCAGGGAUAUAUGUAUGAUCACUACCAUUCUCCUUCACCACCUCUCGCAUCUCCAAAUGAUGGCGGUCGAACAGAGCUCCCGGUCAGUCAUACCAAGACCCCUUCUGACUAUGAUAAUCAACCCUCUGGAGGGAGUUCUCCACAAGCAGGAACAUACAUCCAUGUUGGAUAUCCUGUGAAGAAACAGUCUCCAAAUGGAGAUAAUUCUUACACCACAGACAUUAUGAAAAAGGAGUUUCGGUCUGAGUAUAAAAUUGAACGUAAACCGUCAAACUCUUGGGAGCGACCGGUAUCUUGGCACCCUGCCAGCAUGCCACGGUCCUCAUCAACAUCGUAUCGAGAACAGGAAAAUGUUCAGCACACCAAGAUCAUCAACCAGAAGAUUGAGUACAGGGCUUCCAUGUCUUCUGGGUACGACAGUUACAAUAACACUUAUGAAGAUGAAAUGGAGCGAUCACUGGAGAGUCUGGGGGUUAUAGACAACAGUCCUAAUGGCAAUCCAUGGGAAAAUGAUGUUAUACAGUAUAAACAGGGAGUAGCGGUGAUUAAACUAAAUGGCCAUGGUGAGUCGCCAGGCAGGCGGCGGCACCAGGAAAGUAAGGAAAGGAGAGGGGAGAUGUCACCUAGAGCCAGAAGUUCAAGGUCACCAACCUCUCCCAAGAAACCACCAAUCUCACCGAAACGUGGACAGCCAAAAUACAAGGAAAACCAACAUCCAGUGUAUAUAUGAUAGUGGUGUGAGAGCAACUUUCCUAUUAUGCAGAAACAUUUUAUUGGUACAGAUAUACUGAUUAAGAGGUAUAUUUGAUUUUUUUAACAGUUAAACUUUAAGAAGAUCUUUCAACUAAUUUUAAUGACUAAUUUGUAAUCUUUUUAACACCCAAAAUGUAGUGUCUGAUAAAGUUUACAUGGAUAUGUAACAUUUGAAUGCUACAGCAAUGUUUUAUCUUACCAUAUAGUCUUUCCCAAGUUUGAAAUCUUCAGGUGAUGAAUUUAGAUGAGUGCAAUGUGUCACAUUUUUUCCUUGCCAGAUAAUUUAUAACAAUGGAAAAUUCUAAUGAUAACACGGGACAGGGACAGGCAUCACAUAAAAUUAAGGAAAAUGGAAACUGGUCUUUGUAAUCAGUGGUUAGAAAAUUUGUUGGUUUUCACUGAUAUUUGUGUGUAUUAGUCGAAGAAGGUUGGUGUUUAAUGUAUUCAUUUAAAAAGAAAUUGUAAAUAAAUAAUAAUUGUACUUACGUGUACAUAGUGCUUAAAUAACAAGAUAAUAGGCACACCAAUAAUGCAUUUUAAAUUCAGAUUUUGUUAACUGCUGAAAUAUUGUAGAUAUUUGCUGUGUAAUUUAUGAUGGUUGUUAGUAUUCUUAUUGAGUCACAUGUUUACUAUGACAGUGUAAGUCUUACGCCAGUGAAUGUUGUAUGGCCAGAUGUAUUCAAAACUAAAUGAAAAUUUAACACUGCCAUGAAAAAAAAACUGACUUGAUGUACAAUAACAUUCAUUUUCUGAAAUAUGAUUACUAGUGAUGUGGCUAUAUGGGGGUCAUUAGAGCAGUAUGUUGUACUGAGUGCCCUUAAUUAUGUACAUUUUAAAAAGAUACAAUUUUAUUCAGUCAAUUAACACUAAAAGAAAAUAUUAAUUUCAGGUUUUAGCAUGUUAUGAAUGAGGCAAUAUUACCUUAUGAUAUUUUUCUUUGUUAAUUUAAACAAGUGGUCUUUGCAUAAACCACCAUUAUACAAAAAAAAGAGAAAAUUUUUAGAUACAACAAUUGUGUAAUAUCAUAUAAAACUGAUGCUUUGGGGAGGAGGAACUUGUACAGUAGAAAUUGAGCAUUUGAAUCCUUUUGGUAGUUGCAGUUUCUUUGCUUUUCUCUGCAAACCUAAUUUGCCCCCUGUUGUUUAAUGGGAAGUGUCAUCAGAGUGAAUUGUCACUUGCUAGAUGACAGGUCUCGAUAAAUUAAUAAUUCUGCUCAACAUUUUAACAGGGCGUUUGUCCCCUGCGGAUAAUUAGUGCUGAUAGAGAGUGAGAUUAAGGGCUUCAAGCUGUUGUUUUACUGGCUUUACCAAUCAAAAGUAUUACCAAGGAUGUGACAUAUUUUUAAUGUCCAACCAGAAGAUGGGGUGACAUGGUCAGCUACUGCUGAUUGCCCUGCUACAAACUAAAAGUGCAAAUACUCUGCUUUUCUUUGCCUGCAAGAUAUUUACCACCUAGGUAAU